GAUAGGUGGUUGUCAUGGUUUCUGGGGUCACAUGUAGCUGCGGGCUCCUCUUUGGCGGAUACAAUACGGCGGUGACUGCGGUAGGCGGAGGACGCUCUGCCCUGAACCCCGACUCUCUAGUCACUGGGCUGUGUGUGCAGCGGCCGGGAUUAGGAGUACAAUGGUGAGGAGGGCGCAGUGUGCAGGCGGCUGCUGAUUACGGGUUGUCGGCGCCUCCCGCGGCUUUUCUUUAGCCACUGUCUCCCCGGGAAGUAUGUGAGCCGCGGCGUGUGAAGGUGGUCGCUCUAUUACUUGUGGAUUGGGCCGUCCUCCUGUGAUGCAGCGCGGCCUGCUUUGUGUCUUCUAGAGCCCAUGGAAGUUCCGCACAUCUCCGGCAUUGCACUGAUUAGAGAGCAUCGUGCUUAGGUGUAUGGCGAGCAGGUGACGGUGCCUGCACCAUUGCAGUGGUCACCCCCGUCUGCUCACGCUCAUUCCCUGGACCAGCUGCCAUUGUGCAGCCGCCUCCCAAACCCUACACCCCCCAUCACCCCCACUGACCGUCGCCCCAGGGAUGAGUAUAGAAAUCCCAGAGGGGCUGACGGAGCUGCUGCAGAGCUUUACCGUGGAGGUGCUGAGGAAGCAGCCGGAGGACCUGCUGGAAUUCGCCCUGCAGUACUUCACCCAGCUAAAGGAGAGCCAGGGGGCUGCCCUCAGCCAUGGCACCCACCUACCCUUCAGGCAUGCCAAAGGGGUCAACUUUGCUGAGGAGCCCAUGCAGACCGACUCUGAGAACGGGGACGAGGAGGAUGACGAGGAGGAAUUUGUCGCUCCAAUCAUAAGCAGAUUUGCAAGGCGUGCAUCUGUGUGUGCAGAAGCAUAUAAUCCAGAUGAAGAAGAUGAUGAAACAGAAAAAAGGAUCAUCAACCCAAAAACAGAUGAUCAGCGACACAGAUUGCAAGAAGCUUGCAAAGACAUACUCCUUUUCAAGACCUUAGAUCAAGAACAGAUGUCUCAAGUAUUAGAUGCAAUGUUUGAGAAGUUGAUCAAAUGUGGAGACCACAUAAUAGAUCAAGGUGAUGACGGGGACAACUUUUAUGUAAUUGACAGGGGGACGUAUGACAUAUAUGUAAAGGUAGAUGGUGUGGGAAGAUGUGUUGGUUGUUAUGACAACCGAGGAAGUUUUGGGGAGUUGGCAUUAAUGUAUAACACACCUAGAGCUGCUACAAUAAUUGCUACAUCAGUUGGGACAGUAUGGUGUCUGGACAGAGCGACUUUCCGAAGAAUUAUUGUGAAAAACAAUGCUAAAAAAAGAAGAAUGUAUGAAAACUUUAUUGAAUCCCUGCCAUUUUUAAAGUCUUUAGAACUGUCAGAACGCUUAAAGGUGGUAGAUGUUAUAGACACCAAAACCUACGGUGACGGAGAACAGAUUAUCGCUCAGGGUGAUGGAGCAGACAGUUUUUUUAUUGUUGAAACGGGGGAAGUGAAAAUAACAAUGAAAAUCAAGAGUAAAGCAGAUGUAGAACAGAAUGAAGCGGUUGAAAUCGCUCGGUAUUCCAGAGGGCAGUAUUUUGGAGAACUGGCCUUGGUGACCAACAAACCCAGAGCUGCCUCAGCAUACGCUGUCGGGAUCGUGAAAUGUUUAGCCAUGGACGUGCAAGCUUUUGAAAGGCUCUUGGGACCAUGUAUGGAGAUAAUGAAAAGGAACAUUGCAAAUUAUGAAGAACAGCUGGUUGCACUGUUUGGAACAAACAUGGACAUAACUGACCCAAGUUCCUGAGUAAAAAUGGCAAUUCUGAAGACAUGAAGAGAAGCAAAAUAGCACAGUUGUGGUCAGUCCACAGAGGAUGUGUCUGUUUUUUUGUGUAGAUGCCAAGCAUAUUCUGUGAUUUUCUUUUUUUUUUUUUUUUUUUUUUUUUUAACAUUAGCCCCUUUAGUGGCAGAAGAGCUUGCAAUCCAUGACUGCUUUGCAAUAGCUUGCUUAUCACACUUAAGGUUGUGACAUUUUUAACAGAUUUUUUAUUAUUAUUUUUUUUUUUGUUAUUACACCAGGUUUCUCUGUGAGGAAAGUUGUGAUUUUCUAGACAAUAGACUUCAUUUGCAAUUUUUCCUCAGUAAACAUUUAGAUAAAAAAAAAAUAAUAUAUCAGUAUUCUGGUAUAGAUGGACCAGCGCUAUAUCUUCUCCAAACUGUAGAUGCUAAGCUAAUGGGUCAAAUACAUCUGCUACUGGUAGAGUAAUCAUACGUAAUGGCAGUUAUAUCAGUCAGGUAGGCUUAGCAUGGUUUUGUGCAUUACCUCAUUUAGAAUGAAAGUAAAUCCAGUAAAUGAGCCAGUAAGCAUGCCACGUCAUUGAAUACAGGACACCACUUUUCUAUAGGUUUUAUACACUGUGACUGUACUUUAUUUUCAAAUUGUUCGCUUUCAGAAUCAGGUUUAGGCCUCUUGCACACAACCGUAUGGCUUUUUCAGUAUUUUGCGGUCUGCAAAAAAACGGAUCCGCAAAAAAUACGGAUGACAUCCGUGUGCAUUCAGUUUUUUUGCUGAACAGAA